AUGCGAGAGGGUUUGAAUUCACACUAUGGUUGUGAAUCUGGACUGGGAAAGUCAACAUUAAUCAACUCGUUAUUCCUCACAGAUUUGUAUUCUCCAGGGUAUCCAGGUCCUUCUCAUAGAAUAAAAAAGACUGUACAGGUGGAACAAUCCAAAGUUUUAAUCAAAGAAGGUGGUGUUCAGUUGCUGCUCACAAUAGUUGACACCCCAGGACUUGGAGAUGCAGUGGAUAAUAGUCAUUGCCGGCAGCCUGUUACUGACCACAUUGAUAGUACGUUUGAGGACUACCUAAAUGCAGAAUCUCGAGUGGACAGAUGGCAGAUGCCUGAUAACAGGGUGCAGUGGUGUUUAUACUUCAUUGCUCCUUCAGGACAUGGACUUAAACCAUUGGAUACUGAGUUUAUGAAGUGUUUGCAUGAAAAAGUGAAUAUCAUUCCACUUACUGCCAAAGCAGACCUCCUCACACCAGAGGAAUGCCAGCAGUUUAAAAAACAGAUAAUGAAAGAAAUCCAAGAACAUAAAAUUAAAAUAUAUGAGUUUCCAGAGACAGAUGAUGAAGAAGAAAACAAGCUUGUUAAAAAGAUAAAGGACCGUUUCCCUCUUGCUGUGGUAGGUAGUAAUGCUAUCAUUGAAUUUAAUGGCAAACAGAUCAGAGGAAGACAGUAUCCUUGGGGUGCUGCUGAAGUUGAAAAUGGUGAACAUUGUGAUUUUACAAUUCUAAGAAAUAUGUUCAUAAGAACACACAGGCAGGACUUGAAAGAUGUCACUAAUAAUGCACACUAUGAAAACUGCCGGAGCAGAAAACUGGCAGCUGUGACUUAAAAUGGAGUUGAUAAUAACAAGCCUAAAGGGCAGCUUACUAAGAGCCCACUUGCACAAAUGGAAGAAGAAAGAAGGGCACCUGUAGCUAAGAUGAAGAAAAUGGAGAUGGAGCUGGAGCAGGUGUUUGAGAUGAAGGUCAAAGAAAAAGUUCAAAAACUGAGGGACUGUGAAGCUGAGUUCCAAAGGCGCCAUGAGCAAAUGAAAAAGCAUCUGGAAGCCCAGCCCAAAGAAAUAGAGGGAAAACGUCGUCAGUUUGAAGAUGACAAAGCAAACUGGGAAGCCCAACAACGUAUUUUAGAACAACAGAACUCUUCAAGGACCUUGGAAAAGAACAAGAAGAAGGGGAAGAUCUUUUAAACCCUCAAUUAACCAGCAGUUAUGUAUUAGUUGCCAGUAUGCCAGCUUGGACAUCAGCGUUGGUUGGAUCCGUUUGACCAAUCUGCACCAGUUUUAAUCCUUAAUGGCGGAUUUAACAACAUGAAAAAUUAUUAUUCUUUGUUCUUGAUGGAGAUUAAGAUGCCUUGAAUUGUCUAGGGUGUUGUGUACUUAGAAACUAACAGCUCUAAGUACCUUUCCUACUUUCUCUUUUUUUUAUUAAACAGAUGUCUUCAAUUUAAUGCAAGAAAACAUUUUACUGUUGUACAGUCGUGUUCUGGUGGUUUGAUUGUUUACUGGAUAGUCCAAAAUAAAAGGAGUCUGGAAGGUUCUCAUUGAGGAUAAAUUGCCAUAAUAUGAUGCAAACUGUGCUUCUCUAUAAUAAAUAAAGUACAAAGGUCCCAUUCAGUGCAGCGUAUACAAUAAUGUAAUUCAGUCUAACACAGUUGACCCUAUUUUUUGACACUUCCAUUGUUUAAAAAUACACAUGGAAAAAAACCCCUAUAUGCUUGCAAUGCACCUAGAGCUUUUUUAUAACAAACUUUUGUUUGUGUGUUUGUUUUGGAUUCUUUAUAUAUAUAUUCUCACUUAGUGCCCUCUUUAGUCAGAAUCUCAUUACUGCUUCAUUUUUGUAAUAUUUAAUUUAGGUAUUUUCCAUAUAUUGGUCCUGCUAAAAUAGAAUAUAGCAUCUUUCAUAUGUUAGGAACCAAAAAGAAAACUCCUUUAAUUCCCUUUUUACACUUCAUGGUAAGUAGCAGGGGGGGAAAAUGCAUUUAUAGUUCAUUUCUAGGCAAAAUUGUGAAGCUAACGACCAACCUAUUUCUACCUAUGUGCAGUCUAUUUUACUAGAAUUGGGAAUCAUGACCUCUUGAAAAGGAAAAAAAAAAGUCACCAUUUUGCGUUUAGCUGUAUUCAUAUAUGCAUUUCUGUAUUUUUUUUGUUUGUAUUGUAAAAAAUUCACAUGAUAAAUAAUGUUGUGAUGUAAAAAAAAAAAAAACAUUAGAAGGUUGCGCGCUUUGCCUCCACCCUGCUUCCUGGUGUUUUCCAGCUGCCGUGUGUCUGAGCAGGUGAUGCUGAUUCUCAGACCCGCGGGGCCCUCCCCUGGGUGGCGUGCAGCCUCCUGUUUCCCCUUGGAUGUGUCGUGUGGGGGUUCUUUGUCCACCCAGUACCACUUGGUGGGCAUUUCAGUGGCUUCCUUUUUCUUGCUGGUGGACUUCGGUGGGAAAGCUGGUGGACAGUCUGGUGGCUGUCAUCCCGUGGUGGGGCCGCUCCCGCGUCAGCCCUGCCAGGUGGGCUGUGUCGGGCCCAGCCCUCCACCCCACUCCACCUGGGGAAGCUUGCAUCCUGUCCAGUGUCUCCGCCAGCCUGGGGGUCCGGUCGUCCAUGCACCCGCUCCUGGUUCCCCAGCUGCAGGCAGCAGCGUGUGCUGUGGCUUCAGUGUGGGUGGGCUUGGUGGGCACCCCACUGCCGUCACCUGGUCCCCAGGAUCUCAGCGGCCCUGUGGGUACAGUUUCCAAUCCCUUUGGUGGCCCUGCAGAUUCCACAAGCCAGGCCAGGAAGUCCCCGGACCAAGUCGCCUUCACUCUGCCUGUGAGCCUCUGCGGGGUGCCCCAGAAACUCCUACGAGCUUGUGGGCCCUGCUCCGUAGGUGCCAGCAGACUGGGCCUCUGCUCUGUGUGGGGCUUGAGGCCUGCGGUGAGGCUCUGGCUGCUCUUUGGGCCCCUGGCUGCCUCCUCCGCCGGCCUGCUGAUUGCUGCUUCUCCC